AUGGGGACGCUGUCGAAACGAAAAGAUAUUCCACCGUGGGUGAAAAUUCCCGACGACUUGAAAGAUCCUGAGGUGUUUCAGGUCCAGACACAACUCUUGGAAGCUAUGUUUGGCGUAGGUGGAUCUCGAAUCCCGUACAUCGAGCGAGUCAGCAAAGUCAUGCUUGAGUUAAAGGUUCUGGAAUCCUCGGGACUCGCCGAGGUCGUGGUUUAUGGCUCUUACUUGUACAAGCUUAGGGCCAAAUGGAUGCUCCAGUCCAUGGCCGAGUGGCACCGCCAGCGACAGGAACGAGGGAUGCUCAAGCUGGAGGAUGCCAUGAAGGCCCUGCAUCUAGGUCCUUGGAUGAAGUGA